GCCAAACGCUUUCCAUCAACGGAACCUAUAAGACGAUCUUCAACCCAAAUCGGGAGCCCUUUCACAUACUUCGUGCUCGAACGUCCUCUUCUCUUCGAGUGACUAGUCGAUCUUCUCACAACCGCCAACAUGCGCUAUUCUACCAUCCUCUCCAGUCUCGCCACCUUGUGCGCCGUCUCCGCGCUGCCAACAAGCAUAUUUUUACCCGUCGGCAACCUCCCCUCCCAGCCGACGACCGGCACUCAGGUGCUCAAGGACCUAAACAUCAUCGACGGUGCCAUCACGAUCCUCAUCGGCACCCUCAACAGCCUCAACUUCUCCACGGACAACGCCGGCAACGACAUCGGCAACGUGCAAAAGGUUCUCAAGGAGACUAUCGACUUACAGACCUUCACGCAGACCGGCCGCCUCGAUGCCCAGGGCCUCAGGGCCAAUCUGAGCUCGGCCGACUCGCUCGCCAUCGUGAACAAGUUGACCAACGACAUCACCCCGCACCUCAGGACCGCCACCGAUCUGCUGAGCAAGGCCAAGUCGUCAAGCAUCCUCGGCACCACACUCGGCGGUCUCCUGGGCAGCAUCUUGGCGCCGCUGGGCUUAGUGAAUUACAUUGACCUCCUCAGGACGGACAUGGCUGGCCUCAUCACCGCGAUCUUGCCGUUCAUUGACUCAACCGUCCAGGGCCAGGCCCUCUCCGAGGCCGAUGUCAUCAACAAUCUGCUGAACGCCAGCUUUAAUCUCUACUCCAACUGACAAAGGGGGCGGUGAGAACAUGGAAUGACUGGUUCGGAUUGAAUGAUUGCAUGGAUAUUCAUUGUGCAGACAGAAAAGCGAGGAAACGGGUUGGAACAUGGUUGCAUCUAAUUACUUUGGAGGGACUUUAGUCUGCAUUGCGGUUCAUUAAUUUCGAGCUCACUGAUUUCAAC